CGUCGUCGGUCACUGCCCUCGCCGCCACUGUGAGCUAACGGGGUCCCAGCAGCAGGCCGUCCUCCAGUCCGCCUAUUUAAACAUGUUUCGAAACCCAUGGAUCUCUAGUUUCCAUGUGAACCAUGUGCAGCCCUGCAGGGAAGGAUUGGGAUCUAAAGUUUCGACAAAACUUUCCAGCUCAACCUCUCUACCAACAGAAACUCUAAGUUUUCAGAGUGACUAUUCCUUCAAAGACAAGACCAACUUGGUCAAGAGUGUUUCAGACACAGAUGCAAAACUUCUGUUUGUUCUUCCGAAGGUGUCGGAGUUGAAAAAGUACUUUGAGAGCUCAAUCUCCAAGGAUCCGGAAAUGAACAGGAAAGAGAGGAUAGCGCGACGACUAGAAGGAAUUGAAACUGAAGCGCCACCUGCUCUGGUGCCAGGUGGCUUAGUAGCCAACAGGAUGCUGGAAGAAGAUCCACCUCGAUACACCCGUGGUUCAGACCCCUGUGAGCCUCGUGGGAUGGUGAGGCGCUACAGCCGAGAGGAGAUGGAGCCGCCGCAGAAGAAGGUGACCUCUCCAGACAGAACGCCUCAGGUGAAAGGUGGCAAUGGCAGCAGACGCCCAGAGCCGGUUGUGGUUUACGUUGAUCCAGUGACGUUAUCCACCUCAUCCACACCCACAUCAGGUCCCCCGUCCAACCUCAGCUCCAAGGCCGAACGCAUCGCUCGCUACAAAGCUGAGCGUCGGCGCCAGUUGUCAGAACGCUAUGGCAUCCUCCUGGACCAAGAGGCAGACACCGAAUACACACCGCGGUACCGCUCCCGGCGUGAGCCGGACACCUCGGACCGCCAGGUCACCUCCAGGAGAGACAGAGAGAGAACAGAGGUGGAGACACAUGGACAGGAACCGAGGAUACCCUUCCGCUCUGGAGUGGGUCGGGUUUACAUGACAACACACCCGGAUCCUGCCCCUGCAGCCCAACCGAGGCAUGCCCACUCGAACCAAGCUCCUCCCCCAGCCCAAGAAAGGCCUGGCAGAUUCUCAGAGCAGGAGAGAGUGAUGAAUGUGGAGAAUCAUCGGCAAGCUGGGGCUCAGGAACGCUCGUUCACAUCGAGAGGCAAGAUGCAGGAGCAGCAUCAGCCUCAGCCACAACAGAGGCAGCACACCCAGCAACACGAUUCGUCCCACCGAGAUCAGAGCCCCGCCUCCACCAGGAGCUACACCAUCGCUGCGGUGCCUAGCUCCCCUCGCACAGCCCGCCGUGCAUCUUUGCCCUCCACACGCUACGGCAUCUCACCUGGAGAUUUAUUCAUAGAGCAGCAGGCUCAGAGCAUCCUCAACAGACAGGGAAUCCGAGUGAGGGAACGGUCGUCCAGGGAAGAAACACCCCAGAACGGCCCUGACCAAAGUCCAGACAGGCACCUCCAAAACAGACAUCACAGUCAUGGCAGCCCUGCUAAGUACACAGCACAGUAUUCAGAGCACAACCAACAAAGGAGCCUUCCUCAACCUCAGCCUAGUGCGGGCCGCCAUCCUGCGCCUUCCACGAACGAGUACCAGCGCUCUGGCCCUGCUGUGGAUUCUCAGCCCGCUGUGGCAUUGAACGCUCCCGUGCCAACUGGGACGCAUUCAGGGCUCCCAGAGGCGCAACCACCGAGACGGGUGAGCGCCGACCAGAUCUACGUCGCUCAUAGGGAGGCAAGAAUGGAAGCGAGACAGGCCCUAAAAGAAGAAGCGCAGACAGAGGGCCUGCUCAAAAGCAGGAAGGCAGUGUUGCCCUCCGAAAUUCGCAGAAGGGAAAAGAGCGUGGAUGACACUCACAGGGGCAGGCAUGACGACAUGGACUGGCAAAAUAUCAGCCCGGAGCAAAGACGGAGAAGUUACUUAGAGGAAGAUUGGGACGAGGAGCGGCCGAGAGAGAGGGGUAGGGAACGAAAGGCCCAGAGAAUCACGGAGAGGGUGAAAGAGCAGCCGUCCAGUCAAGACAGCCAAGAGGAGAGAAUUUGUAGGUCUAUGCAGCCUGCCUACUCCUCUGUACGUCAUCAGCAUAGGCAGGAUCAGUCCAUGGAGCCCGCGCACCAUCAAGAGUCCCGAAUAAAGCAGCACAAGCCCCCGGAGCAGAAGCAGUGUGGAGUCAGAAAGCUCGAACUGACAGCUCAAACCCACCAAGACCCUCAAAGAGAACAUCACCCCAGUCUCUUGAGGCACUCUCAGGAGAGCCAGAGAGAGUCUCGAGGACAGUACGCGCUGCAAACAAACGAGCCGGCAAGUAAACAGGAAAACGUUCAAAUGCAACCUCAAACUUCCCAGACUAAGGCAGAGGCCGCGCCACAGCACCAGAAGUUUGACUCUGUGGCCUACCUCCAGAGGGGCUCUUCGUUGCCUCAGGCCAAACACAGAAGUAUGGAAAUGAGUGGAGGGCCCAAACCCAAGAUACGAACCCGCUCCAUGUCAGAUAUAGGCGUAAGCCAACGCUCUGCCAUGUAUCAUGCUGAGAGAGCGGGGAUCGGGAGAGAGGCCACCCGAGUUGUCCCUCCACCCGGGAUGGCUAACGGGGACGUGGGCACCCUGGACACGAGGGUAUCAGUAGCACGGCUGCGACACUCUUACCUGGAGAAUGCCAACCGGAAGCCGGAGCUAGAAACAACUAAAGCCGAUCUCUCAGCCAAGGACGUGGAGCCAGCUAGCAACGCCAACGAUGGGGACAGGGGGACUCGAAGGCCUCGCCGCUACAUAACCCCAGGAGACAGCCGCACGUCGGAGAGGUUCAGGACGCAGCCCAUCACUUCUGCAGAGCGCCUGGAAUCCGACAGAUCUCGUCUAAGCCCCUCCCAACUACAAGAUGCUGAAGGAGAUGAAGAAAAAGUGGAUGAGAGAGCCAAGAUGAGUGUGGCUGCAAAACGGUCCCUCUUCAGGGAGUUGGAGAAAACGUCAGACGGAAGCGUUCCCAAACCCCGCUCACGAAACGCUGCCGUCGAACGGCGCCUGAGAAGAGUUCAGGACCGUGCACACACCCAGCCUGUCACCGACAGAGAGGUGGUCAAUGCUUCCUGUGAUGCUACGGCAUCAUCACAACCAGAGGAGGUCCCCACAAGUCUAAAUCAGUCUGGAGCCAGAACCACUGGAACCAGCAUCAGCGUUCAGGCCUCUUCCCAGCCAAACUCCACAGCCCAGGAGCAGGAGGCAGAAACCCAGCGUCCCCGGAAAGAGAGUCAAGCUGAUAAAGAUGGCCACCAGGCUUUGCCUGAGGAGCCAGACUUUUCAACGCUCAGUCUGUCUGAGAAAAUGGCUCUGUUCAACCGCCUAGCCCAGCCCACAGAGAAAACAGCAGAGGUUGCUCGAGGGGACACCCGCCAGCGCAGAGCCAACGCCCGCUUCCAGACCCAACCCAUCACCCAGGGAGAGGUGGAGCAGGAAACUCUAAGCUCUGCGGCGUGUAACAGGGACUUAGACGCCCCUCGGGGAGAACACGUGAAAAGCGGAGGUGAAAUCAAGCUGGAGCCGCUGUCGGUCUCCCUGGUUCGAUCUGUGGCAGCCGUCGCUUCCCAAGCCUCCGUCACCACAGUGACUGUGGCCCCACAUAGCAGUGGGGACGGCCUCCAUCCUGAGAAAUCCACUGCCGUCCCGUACAUCCCUGCCCAACAACAGGGCCCCAGCACCACCAGCCUCCACCAGGAGAGGGCGCCGCGGUACUUCUCCCUCACCAAGAGAGGGCACCAGGGCCACAAUGAGGGGGAGCCUGAUUCCUCCCCCCUCCUUCCUGACAGCCCAGAGAAAGCUGGAGCCCCUCCUGCCGUCCCCUCAUCCUCAGUGGGUCACAGACAGCAGAGGGAGGCGCCGGCGGAGGGCCGGAGAGGGAGGCAAGAAGAGGAGGAGAGAGCUGGAGGGAGAGAGCAGGGAGGAGCCAGAGAAGACAGCAUUCAGAAGAAGAAGCUGCACUCCUCUGACAGGGACAGAGGGGACCAGCUGCAGCAUCCCAAGCAGUCUGCCGAGCCCUCUUUGUGGCGGGGUGAGCAGGAGCCUCUGGCCAGCAGGAGAGCCGCAGACUCCCAGGAGGGUGGGGAGAGAGGAAGAGGAAAAGGAGGACAGGCGAGGGAUGCUGCCGCAGCUUACAGCUCUUCCUCACAGGAGCUGAGGGAAAGCCAGGGAGGCGUCUCAGACCUGCCAGAUCAUCCGGGCCCGCCGAAGCCGCUUGUAGCUAAGGUAUCAUCCCGGACUAUCUCUUACAUUUCAAGUGGCCAUCAGCAGCAGCAAAACGUCCUCCAGCCCCCUCAGACCCUCCCCAAACCCCCCGUACACAUCCAGCCGCAGCCCUACUCCCAGCCCCCGCCGACGUAUCCCAAACCUUUCACCCAUCCCCUGCAGACCCAGCCCAAACCUCCAGGACUGACCCAGCCGCUCCCUAAGCCUUACCCUCAGCUCGCCCCCCAGCCUCAGCAGGCCAGACCCCAGGUGCCUCCUCAGACGCCCCCUAAACCUCACUCCUUCCCCCAGGCUCUCAAGUCUCAGUCCGCAGAGCAUCUUGAGGACCUCAGCAGGAACAGCGUCCAUUCUGGAGACCUGCUGUCCCCCACGGAGCCCGGAGACCAGCUGUCUGACGGCAUGUCCACCAAACAGAUGUCCAUCAAGGAGAGAGUGGCACUGUUGAAGAAGAGUGGCGAGGAAGACUGGAGGAACAGGAUCAACAAGAAACAGGAAGUGGUAAAAGUGGCAUCAGCCGAGCAGCAGCAGCCUCAGCAAUGGGAGAUGGAGCCGAGCAGCCAGAACAAGGAGGAAGGGGAGGUCGCUCAGGACCAGAACGCUGUCCCAGGCUCUGAACAGCUUUGGGAGCCUGUCUUCUCCUCCACCUAUUCUCCUCCCAUUUCCCUUGGCCAAAAGUGCCAGUAUAUUGACCAUCACGGUCAGAAGGCUGGAGAAGAGACAGAGGCCCAGAUGACCAUUGAAGAGAGGAAACAGAUGAUUUCGACACGCGAGGAUGCCUGGAAGACGAAAGGCAAAGGGGCGGCCAAUGACUCCACGCAGUACACAGUCGCUGCGCGAAUGGUCAAGAAAGGCCUGGCCGCUUCCUCCUCAGUCAUCAGCCCCAUUCUGUCACCAGUUUCCACCAAACUCAAGAGCGGCACCCCGGCUGUCAACAAACCACAAGAGGAUAUCGAAGCCAGGCCGGACAUGGAGUCAGAUAAGAAGCUUGACAAGCUGGAGAGCUUUUUGGGGCGCAUUAAUAGCAAAGUGGCGGGUUUGCAGGAAACCACCAUAACAGUGACGGAGAAGGCGGUGAAGGAAGUGAUGAAGUUGGACGAUGAGAUUUUCUCCAAGUUCUACAGGCGCGUUGCAGAAUUUCCACGCAUGCCCACCAGGAUCGAGAUCAGCGAAGACUUUGACAGCAUUUUUGGAUCUCACGGUCCAACGCUGGCCUCGGCCAUGGUGCAGCACAAGCGAUCUGUGCGACCAGCCAGGAAUGUUCAGGCGUCUAAAAAUCCUCUUAAAAUGCUGGCAGCCAGAGAGGACAUUCGGCACGAAUACACGGAGGAGAGACUGAACGUGGCACAGUUGGAGAGCAAGAGGAUGAAGGCUGAGAAGAUCAGUAAAAGCUCGGAGUACUCUGAUGCGGCUCUGGCAGGUCUUGCCAGUAAAGAAAACUUCAGCAGUGUGAGUCUGCGUAACGCCAGCGUCUCGGAGCAGACCUCCAACAACAGCGCGGUGCCGUACAAGAACCUGAUGCUGAUCCAGGUCAAAGGUAAAAGAUCUUUCAGUUCUCUACGUUCACACUGCAGCUCUUGA